GUUGAUCAGAGAACGCCUGGCUCGUGGCACGGAGACUGAUCUGGCCCAGGCUGUGAAUACCGCCAGUGGACCACAGACUGUAGACUCGGAUGAGGACUAAUACUACUACAUGCUCAGGAGACUGCUGCUGCUUGCUUCCUUGAAAGUGAAGAUGGGCGAUCCUGCAUUCUCUGCCAUCUGCCCACCUGCAACGGUCAAGGGGAUGACCCAGCUGGACAGGGAUGCCUUUAGGACUGUGGUCAAAGUGCCCUGUUUCGAGGUGGCUACGGAAAGUAGCAACACUGCGUUGUGCGCCGUCCGGAAGUACCUCCUAAAGCUGCCCCGGUUCAAGCCCGUUCAGGAUGGCUGCAGCAGCAAAAUAUUUGUCCUUAAUCCUGACAUGGUGCAGCGGAUAGAAGACAUGACUCAGAACGUCCGCAACACUUUGGAACAUUGCGGAGUGACGAGCCUGGGGGUGAGGGAUGUGCCUUUGCACUAUGACAACUGGACUGCGGAGGUGGUCCUUCGUGCCGUCUUGGGGCAGCCAGAUGCAGUGGGGCACAGCAUAGUGGGACACAUUGUCCAUCUGAACCUACGUCCUCACCUGGAGCCGUUUAAGCAUCUCAUUGGUCAGGUGUACUUGGACAAGGUGAAAAAUGUCGGCUGUGUGAUGAACAAGGUGAACACCAUAGAGAACGAAUUCCGCACUUUCCACAUGGAACUGCUGGCAGGGGAAGCAAAGACGGAGGUUUCUGUGAAGGAGAACGGGGCACGGUUCGAGUUUGACUUUGCUGAGGUGUACUGGAAUCCCCGUCUGUCAACGGAGCACUGUCGCAUCGUCUCUUGCCUGGGUGCAGGCGACGUCCUUUACGACGUGUUUGCAGGAGUCGGCCCUUUCGCCAUCCCUGCUGCCCGGCGCAAGUGCACGGUCUUUGCAAACGACCUCAACCCAGUGUCCUACAAGUGGCUCAGUCACAAUGUGGCUCUCAAUAAGGUCUCUAAGCAGGUGUCAACCUUCAACUUGGACGGGCGCGAGUUCAUCCGUACGGUGUUCGGUUCCAGAGUUCCGGAGCAGCUGGAGCAGGGCAAGUGCAUCCACGUCGUCAUGAACCUUCCCUCCAAUGCCACCGAAUUCCUGGAUGCGUUCGUUGGAGUCCUGGAACGGGAACCCGCCAUAUCCUCCGACACACGUCCUCCGAUCGUCCAUUGCUACUAUUUUGAGAAACAGGACAAGGAGGACAAGAGUGCCAGAGCCCUGCAGCUGGUACAGGAGGCUGUCGGCAAAGAAGUAGCCACUGCAGAAAUGAAGUUUGUGCGUAGUGUGGCGCCCAACAAGGACAUGAUGCGCGUCACUUUCGAGCUGCCCCUCAGCAUCAUGGCAAACUGUCCGCCGGCAAAGAGGUGCAAACUGCAAGAAGUGUCCGUUUCACAGUAAAGGCUUUUUCUUCACUACCA